ACAGUCACUAGAUCUAGAUUUAUACCUAAAUAGAUUAGAUCUAGAUCUAUAUUAGAUAAAAGAAACUAAAGUCAACUUGUGAUGACAAAGCAAGAUUUCUAAUAUGGAUUUGGUUAAUCCUUCCAAUGAUGAAGUGCUGAAACUAUGGAAAAGCUGCUAUGAUGAAGAUGAGGAUGACAUAGAUGAGUUUACAGAAGAAGAAUUAGCAAAUGACCCUUCAAAAAGGAUAUUAUGGGCUGCGGAAAAUAACAAAUUAGAAAUGGUCAGUGAGCUUCUAUCAACUACACCAAGCUUAAUUUUAUCACAUGACGCUGAUCUGUAUACACCACUACACAGAGCUUCAUACAACAACCAUAAAGAUAUGGUUCAUCUGCUCCUGUCCCAUGGAGCAAAUAUCUCAGCAAAAACAGCAGAUGGUUGGCAGCCAUUACACAGUGCAGCCCGAUGGAACUGUGUGGAAGCAGCCCAAGUUCUUAUUCAUGCUGGUGCCGACAUAAACGCCCAAACAAAUGGCAGCUUAACACCAUUACAUAUGGCAGCAUCGGAACCAGAAAAUGCAUCUAUGUUAGAGCUGUUACUAACUAAUCCUUUCAUUGAUACCAGCAUCAAGUCAAAAGCAGGUGAAACGGCCAAAGAGAUAUGCUUACGGUGUAGUCCACAUUACAAACUGUUUGAUUUAAUGGAUGACUGCAUUAAUGACUUUCAUUCUCCUGCAUAGAAUUCUGUCAGUGAAGCUCUAUCACUGAAGUAUUGUAUUAUACAGAUAACCUUUUGGUAAGAACAACAGACAAACCUGUUUUACACAUGUUGUAAAUAAAUAAGACUUUUUGGGCAAAUGUAAAUAAAGACCAAUAAAAGGGGAAUGUUUAUUGAUUUAUUGAACCUGAUGGUAUAUUGUGUAUGCCUGUUUGACCAUUGCUAGUGUUUAUCUUAACACACUAGUUUAAAUAAAAUAACUGAAGUAAAUGAAUUUGACAAUUGUGAUAAAUAGUAGU